UUAUUCCACCAGUCAUACUGGUCUAUGCGAGAGUAGCGACGGUAGCGACAAACAUUUUAUGCGCUUUUAAUUUGAAGGAAAAGUCGUUUUCCGUCUACCACUGCUAUAUGUCGCUAACUUGAAGCAAUUUUCGCCGCCAUAAUUUUGGACGAACAAAAAUAUUAUUCAGCUUUGCACAGGAUUAAACACAUUAAUAUCGCCGACUAUCUCCCAUGGAACCAAUGAGCGGAUGUUUCCCUGACGGAACAUAACUGAGAACUCACAGUUUGAAACUACAAACAUGCCUCGACCUGCUAGGGGCAGACUGUCUCCAUGGAUAGAGAGUCUGAUCCUGAGCUAUGGCGGUCAGGAGGGGAGCAGCAGCAGUGGGCAGCUGAGGGCUCAUGUCAUCGGGGUGGGUCAGAUGUGUCAGUCCCAGGUUCAGGAUUCUGAGGGCCCCACAGGGCUGCUCUUCCUCUCUGAUGGGGUGCUCCAGAUCCCUGCAAUUCUCACAGCAUCAGCAUGGGAGCGUCUUCAGGAGCAGGAGGACCGUGAGAGUUUUACCAGCCUGAUUAACACCACGGUGUGCAUUCAGGACUACCGGCUGCAGUUUCACAUGGCCCUUGAACAGACUAAAUGCAGAUUCCUCUUAUCAAUUGGAGAGCUUGCUACCACUGCAGCCGGUCCAGUUAAAGAAAACACUCCCUGCAGCACCACACUGCCCUCCAUCAGGCUGAUGAUCUGUAAGACAUGGAGGGCGCUGCUGGGUCAGGAGAGUCAGGUCUCCCAGGAGAGCCAGUGUGGGUUUGAUCUGUCGGAGCUGCUGGGGGAGUGGCGGCAUGACUGUCUGCAGGCUGUGUUGAAGGAUGUUCAGGAGCGACUGAUGGUAGCGAGCAGCCGCCCUGUGAGCCAGCAGCCCUCUACCUCAACUGACAACUCAUCACUGACAGACACAUUCACUGCCACAAGCUGGGAUGUUGACAGGGUCAGAUAUAAGGGAGUGAAAUGUUUCCGUGUCCCCAUAAAGUGUCUUCUCAUCCCAGAGGAAGAUGCUCUGCAGCUGCAAACACCCCCGAUUGUAAGAAGCAGGUCAGCAAGUGGACUUUCUGCUUCAGAGACCACUCAGCCGUCUGCUGAUGAUGCAGAGUGGCGAAUCGCCCGGCCAGCAGUUGUAGAAAGAGAUCAUGAUGCCAAUAAGAAUUCACCUAGUCCUGUUGAGGACAGCGUGCUACACGAGGACAUCAUUAUUGAUAACGACAUCAGCCCUUUAGCUAACCCUUGGGACAUUUUUCCUCCACUAUGUAUGAGCUCAUCAUCCUCUGAUGCAUCCCAAGAAGAAGCAAUACCAACCCAGUCACAGCACGAUCCCACUGCUACUGAUUUCAAGUCUGUGAUCUACACCAGCACACAACUUCCGGUCCACAGCUCAAAGGAAUCCCAUCAGACACCAGAGCACAGCUACCUCCCUCCAUACCAGAAAGUGCCACACUCAUCCAGCAUCCCCGCUACAGCUGGGUCUUCAACUUCAGCUUCUGUGAGUCCACCAGAGCCCUUUACCGUACCGUCAAAUCUGCUGCUCGCCACAGACGAACACCACGCCAACACAACACAACAGAGGCAGAUUUUGGAAAAAGACAGAGAGGGGACUGAGGGAGAAUAUAGAAAGGCAAAGAGAAAGAAAAGUGAUCCCACAACUGAAGCACUGGAUACUUUAGUGGAGGAAGAUGAAGAAGUUCAGAUCAGUACGAGCCCACCAUCUUGGCUCUUUGACUCUGAGACAGGUUCCUGGGCUUCCUGGGCCGAAGAGGGUAGCAGUCACACACAGGGGCAAACUGCAGGGACUGUCGUGAGAAAGAAUCCCACCGUUCACACCGACGGCAAGCCGUUUUCUUACCCUUACCAGGUGUCUGGAAAGAAUCUGCAGGAUUUCAGUCGAUUCAAAGUCACAGAGUCCUUGCUGCACUGGGCGGUGAAAUAUCUUGUUGUUCCAAAAACAGAUAAUCCACAAGACACAUCAGCAGGAACCUCAAAUCAGUCAAAGUCUGACAGGUUCAAAAUGUAGUUUUUUGGACAGUUUGGCUGAUCUGUUAUUGUGACAGUUGUUGAUUUAUCUCCUCUGACAUAGUGUUGACUCAUGCUGAUGUUCAAAAGCAGCUCUGUAUGUUUUGUAAUCUAUUUUGUAAGGUUUAACGUUUAAAGAGUCUAUAGUUUGUAUAAAAUAAAAAAAUAAAAUCA